GCUUGAAAUUUUCAAAUCGUUUUAUUUUCGAUUAUAAAAUUUUAUUUCAUAAAGAAAUAUAAGUGUUAUUAUACUUACGCUGAGAAGACUAUAAUUGGCUUGGAUUUUUUUAUGAUUUAAAACUCAACGGGCAUAAAAGUUUAAAUAUGUUUGUUGGAUUCGCAAAGGAAAGAUUCUUGUACCACAACACUUUGCUAUGUUUAGUAAAAGCUUUGCAAGAUAAAAAUAUUACUUUAGAUCUUCGUAAUGACUCAUAUGUAUGUGGCCAGAUCAUAACUGUGGAUGGUUACAUGAACAUUUCUCUAUGUAGUGCUGUCUAUUGUGAUCCUCAGGGAAAUGAGUUCUUUUUUGAUAAUCUAUUUAUACAAGGCCGUAACAUUAGAUAUGUACAUAUUCCCGAAAAUAUGUCAAUGGUAGCAACAAUUAAGAAUGAAUUAAACAAAAAUAAGAAAGGGCCUGUUAAAAAUCCUAUUGUCAAGUCUAGAAAAAACACAAAAGCUCUACACCAACAUAUGCAAACUGUAGCAUCAUUAGAUUUGUAAGAUUUUUGUAAUAUACAUUAUAAUAAAAUAUUGUUAAAUUACAAUUUAGUUCAUAAUUACUUAAUUGGAAUAAAGUCAAUUUCCCAAAUAAAAUUUUCAAACAUUUAUUUUUAAUGCUGUUUAUUAUUGGUCUGGUUUUACACGCACAACAGCCUAGAUGAGAAGAGAGCAGAGAGCUCGUUAGCACUAACUUGGAUAAAAGGAACUUUUACUUAAAUAGUUAACACGCCAACAGACAAACCCACAUCUGUGCAUAAUAAAAUCGAAAAAUGGUGAUGACUGACGGUUUGUUUGUGUAAUGAUCGCCAUCUCUAUAAGACGAUCUACAAGGGACACGGGUUCGAAGCCACGAGCAAAAUUUGUAUACAUAGAAAAAGUGAUUGAUUUGAUAAUAAUUUUGAUUAUUGAGAUGAGUGUUUUAUAAGUACCUGUACAAAUUUUAAAGAAUGUCUAUCUGCCCUGUUCUUAAAGGAAAAAUAUGAUGUGUACCUAAAAGACUUCUUUGGUACUAUAUAGUAAAAAAUUACCGACUGCUCGAAUCUUAAAAACGCGAAAUGCGUGAUGAUAUGUAUCUAGGUUCGUUCUUUGGACUUCAGGUAAUAAUUACAUAGUGAAAAUCUCACCAAAAUCUAUUCAGUGUAAAUUGUCGUGUAUUCAGUGUCGUUUUGGAGCAUGUUUCGAACGACUAAGUUCAUUGUAGAAAAUUAAAAAAAAUAAUUGCUGCUGGUUUUUUCUUAGGCUGCUGAUGGAGUCUGUUAGUCGUCAGGUCGCCCGAAUGAGCCUAACAUUCUGAUGAACUUCAAUAAUUUGCUAUGUCG